AAACAAAACAAAGUUCAAGAAAUUGUGAAGUAUGUUUGUGGUUGGCUCCGACAAAAGUCGAGUGUGAUACUACUGCAGGUUCGAUAAUCAUCACUAGAACAUUUCAAAACCAUCGAAGUAAUGGCCGAGGCAAACGAAAUCCCGAUCGAUCGAAAGCUUGGCGAAAUAUUCGAGGAAGCUUACAACCUGAUGGACACUAUUGAAGCAUGCUAUGAUCCAAUGAAUAGUCCAGGAGUUCAGGCCAAUAUCAAGAAAUGUAUCGGUCUGUACGAGGACGCAACGCGGCUAGUCAGUUUAUGUGGAUUGUUUAGUUCGAACGAAACGUAUGAAGAGAUUGCUACCGAAAAUUUGCGAUAUUUUCUUCUGCCGUUCUUUCUCGGUCAGUUGAAUCUGAAGCUGUGCAACGCCGACCGCAAGCAGAUAGUAGAAAUGGCGGAUGUUUAUUUCAAUGAUUUCCUGCGUCGUUGCGAGAAUUACGCAUUGUGUCAAAAACCGGAAACUGAAUCGGCGGUGGUGGCACGAAACGACACCCCUGGAGACAAAGUACAAGAGCUAGCUCGAAUGGCACAAGAACGAAACACAAAGCUGCAGAAGUACCAGGAGAAGAAAGAGCUCACCGACCAAAUCAAGCUACUGAAGGUGGCCAUGAAGAAGGAACAUGUCGACGAUGAGAUCAAACGGGAAUUCUAUCUGAAGCUGUUGAAGUCCUGCAUCAUGGAAGCACACGACGAGCUGGCCAGUAUUGCACAAGAAAAGCAAAUUCUCCAAUAUAUUGACGUUGCGAGAAGGAACAAUAGUAGCACCGAAAGUCACAAACCUACUCCGAAGGGACCACCACCAAGGCCAUUGAAACCAAUCAUCAUCACUAGGGAUGCAGCCCAGAAAGCCGUUUACGGAAUGGGAUACCCGAGUUUACCCACGAUGACGGUUGCUGAUUUUUAUGAGCAACGCGUGAGGGAAGGCAUCUUCCCCGAUGCCGAGAGGAUGAAGGAAAUCAAUAAGAACUCCCUGAUGAAUCGAGUGUACCAGGAUAAUGCAGCAGAACUGGAUAAGGAGGAAGAAGAAAAGGAAACGCUAGUCGAACAGGAUGAUGAGGAAUAUUUAGCUCGACAACGCGCGAAAGAUGAGUUCAAGGAUGACCAUCGUCGUGGUUACGGCAAUCGCCACAAUCGUAGUUGAAUUCAACCCGGGAGAAUAUUGGAACUCACAUCAGCUCUUAUUCGAAGCAGCCGACAUCGAUAAUUAGUGAUAGUAUCGUGAUUCAUAUGUAUGAUUAAAAAUCGGUAAAAAGUCGUCGUUUUCAUGUACAUUAAUUAUUUGAAUGUAUGAUGCUUUCGGUUGGUUGAA